CAUAAACAAACACGGCCGCUUUCUGUCUGCAUAGAAACCAGAAUGCAAAGGCGGGAUUGUCGAGAGCACUGACCGUCAUAGCGUAUAUGCCAUCGCAGGUGUCAUGGAGAAUACACGGGCAUCGCUGAUGUUCAAGACGCUCGCGGUGGCAGCGAUCGGUCUCUCCGCCACUUUCGUCAUGCUCGUCCGGGAUCCUUCAGAUACGCUCUUUGGAGGAGGGUACCCAGAAUUAUGGAGGAGAACCGGACUGGCAGGAGCCCCCACGCGUGCAGCAGCCUGCAUCUUCGCUGGGGUUUUCCUCCUGGCGAUGGGAUGGCUGUACAGACUGUUAUUCGCCCCUCUGGAGCUGCUCCGCGGGGUGGAUGAAGUGGGAUACAUCGCGGAGGAUGGGCGCUCCCGUGCCCAGGCUGCCAACGAAGUGCGGCGGCGACGGAAGACCGGAGAAUUACCUCCAGUGUAUCCAAACGGCUGGUACCGGGUUUUAGACUCUCACAUGCUGGAGAGAGGAGAUGUGAAGAGUGUGACAGUACUGGGGCAGCAGGUGGCAGUGUUCCGUGGGCAGGAUGGCAAAGCCUAUGUAGUGGAUGCCUACUGUCCUCACCUAGGUGCCAACCUGGCAGUGGGAGGUCGUGUAGUAGGCGGCUGCAUUGAAUGCCCUUUCCAUGGGUGGCAGUUUCGUGGGGUCGAUGGGAGAUGUGUCAAGAUUCCCUAUGCAGAUAAAGUGCCAGAGUUUGCAAAGGUGCGCUGUUGGCCCAGCUGUGAGAUCAACGGGCUGGUUCUGGUGUGGUUUCACUGUGACGGGCUGGAGCCUAGCUGGAGGGUGCCAGAACAGAGCCAGAUCACCCGCGGGGAAUGGGUGUACCGCGGUCGCACUGAACACUUCAUUAACGCACACAUUGAGGAGAUUCCAGAAAACGCUGCAGAUAUUGCACACUUGGCUCAUCUGCACACUCCAGGUAUCGUCAGUGGAGUCGAUCUGCGCUACACAAACAGCAAGACUUGGGAGUUUAUACGGCACGACUGGAAGGUGGAGUGGAAGCCGGAGCCGGAGCCAAACAAACAUUGCUCCCAGAUGUUGGUGAAACACGCGCUCACUGUUUUUGGCCGCCACUGGCCUCUUCUGGAUCUGGAUGUCUUGGCCCGACAGGUGGGUCCAGGUGUGGUUUUCCUGCUCUUUGAGCACAGUUUUCUGGGUCGGGGUGUGAUCAUGCACUGUGUUACCCCAGUGGAGCCGUUACUGCAGUGCGUUUCACACACCAUCUUCUACCAGAGCAGCAUCCCUCCGCUCGUACCCAAGUUCAUCCUUCGGGCUGAGUGCAUCCAGUUUGAACGAGAUGUUAUGAUCUGGAACAACAAGACGUACAUCUCCAAACCGAUGCUUGUGAAGGAGGACUCCGCCAUCCAGAAACACAGACGCUGGUUCAGUCAAUUCUACAGUGAGAACAGCCCUCGACUGCGAUACCAGCACGACACUCUCGACUUCUGAACAUGAACUCUGCUUCCAACACUAUGGGUUGCUAAAAAAAAAAGGCAGAUGCCAAUAUUUUUUUAACACAAGCUGAUAUUUUGUUGAUAUUUAAUACAAAAAGAAAAUCAUUAUGCAAAAAGAUUAUUAUGCAAAAAUAAACAGUGCAGUUGUUUUAUCAUACAACAUGUGCAAAGCCAACAAUAAAGCAAAUGCUAAAUAUA